AUGGCCACCCAGGCACCGUCUGCCCCGAGCUCACACAGCAAACCCUGCUCGCACUGCGGCGCGCUCCGCGACGUUCUGGUCCGCUGCCAGAUCGACGAGUCCCGCGCCUGGGUCUUCAUCUGUCCCGGAAGGUGCUGGCGCGAGCUGAGCGGCGGCGAGAUUGACGGCGACGACGAGCAUCCUCAUUACCGCUACGGCGGCAUGUGGAAGAACAAGCACGACGCCGUAAGCGCCAAGAAAAAGAAGAAGACGCAGAGGGACCGCCCUCGGGAAUGGCGGAGUAGCGACCACGGAGAUGCAACGCAGGACGGAGCAGCAGAUAAGAACAAGUAUACGCGUAAUGACCGUGUGACGUGGGACGGGAAACUCUGGACGUGCAGAAAGACCCAUUUUGCCCAGGAGGCCAACACUCCGGACAAGGAGGUUGGUCUUUGGAAAGAAGAGGGACCGGUCAGCGCCGAUUAA